AUGACAGCUCCACACAUUGCAUGGACCAACAACACCAGCCACGAAUUGAGGCCUCAGUUUGGCGUGCGCGUCCUCUCUGCUGCCAGUGGCGAAGAAUCAAGCACCAUCUCAGUGACCACCCACUAUCCGCAAUCUGAAGCUGCACCCGAUUCCCAUGUGCUUGAAGUGUGGCACACGCAAGUUCCCAAUUCCCGAGCUCAUCGCAAACUGACACAGCGGGACCGAGUUACGCCACACUCCACCCCGCACUUCACCAUAUCCCGCUGCCAACAGCCCAUUCCCGGGCCCGGGCUCUAG